AAACAACGAGGAGUUUAGAUCGAGCCGUGGUGUCGGAAGCUGCAGUGCCGUGAUGUGAUGGGAGCUGUGGUGCUAGGUUGUCCUUAAAAUCGACAAUAAUUCUGCAUUUUGCAUUCCCAGGUCGCUUGUGUCGUUCCUUUCCUUCCCCGUCGUCGUGUGUGAUCCGUAGAAAGUGUAAGAAUCGUUCAACCUGAACCAGAACGAAUCGUUUAUUUGUUGUAUUUUGUGUGUGCAAACGCUCCGCUAGUAAUCGCGACCAGCAGAUACGUGCGUAGUUCUCGGGGCCGAGUUCUAGGCCUUCUUUUUCGACUCUUUCGCGUAGUGUGCUUCCGAUAUUGUGCAUUAGUUUGCAGGUUUGUGGCCAUCCACUACCUCCCGUUUUCUCGUCGUUGCUGUGCCUACUAAUAACGCACGAGCGUCGUGGCACAGAGGCCCCCAGCCCAAAAGGGAUCCGAGCCAAAGUGGUGUCGUAGUCCGCUACUAAAGGCGGCCCUGAUUUGAGGGUUACAGCGAAAGAAAGUAAAUCGUAAACCGUGAGAUCGCUGGUGGUGUAACUUUAAUCGACCGAUGGAUGCGACAGGAGCGUGCGGGGGCCAGCGUGCGUAAACGGUGGAGUGGGAAAGGCUCUUGCGUAUUGCGUAUAGAGAGUGUUGUUAGUGGAAUGCAGGGGAACCAGCAGCAGCAGCAGCAGGGAAGGAUAGGAAAUGUCAAUGGAUUGAAACGCGGAUUGUCUUGAUGGGAUGUUAAAGUUUCCUGCGGUCACCCUGAAUUGUGUAUCUUGAAUUCCGGUCUACACUAAAAGCAAAGGUUACUGUGCGCGACCAGUUCGUUUUACGUAAUUCUGCGUCUCAACGCCAAGUGGAUCCGAUUGGAGCCCUCUACUCGAGGAUUGUUCAAAGAGUGUACAAAGAUCCAAACACUACCCAAUCCCCCGUGUGUCCCCAAAGGUGCAAAAUGUCGAUCGAAGAGCGCUUUAACGCCGCCGUCAGCGUAAUCCGAGGGCUGCCAAAGAAUGGACCGUAUCAACCCAGCAACGAUAUGUUGCUACGAUUCUACUCCUAUUUCAAGCAAGCCACGAAAGGCACAUGUUGUGAGCGUAAACCAGCGUUCUGGGAUGUGGUAAAUCGCGCCAAAUGGGAAGCCUGGAACCGGUUGGGUGACAUGCCGAAGGAGACAGCGAUGCAGAAAUAUGUGGACGAGUUGAAAAAGAUCGUCGAAACCAUGUCGUACACCGAUAAUGUGGCCAACUUCAUGGAGUACAACAUGAGUGAACUGGAUAAUGUCAACAUCAGCGAUUUGGAGAUGGUCGCUCCAGAGGCGAUCAAGAAGGCAAGAUCGCGCCCCAACUCACCGCUUGCCUCGCGUGAAGCCAGUCCUGUUGGGCGCCUCUCGCCUGUUACGCCUCCGCCAACGGCAGCGGUACAGAAUGGUGCUACUCCGCUGGUGAACGGUCAUGUCCAUAAACCGACUGCGAUCAACGGCUACCAUCACCAUACACACCAAGAUCACAACCAUCAUCAUCAGAGGAAUGGUAGCGGCGUAAAUGGUAGAUCAUCUCCAGUUAGCAACGGAGGCAUUAGCUCAGGACCAUCGGAACUCAGUGACGAUGACGAAUACAUCGACACGAUGGAUGAUGAAUUUGAAAGCGAAAUACCGGCGACGUCCGCCGUUUUCCGUCCAAUCGAAGCAGUAAACCAUGGGCAUCACUACUACCAGCACCAGCGGAAUGCUUUAGUGAACGGCAUAGACAAUAGUAUCGUGCAAAGUGGUGGAAUAGUGACCACGCAGAUAUCGCUCACCGUCGAUCGGUUGAAUGCAAACAUGCAGCAGCUUUUGGGACGGGUCGAUACCAUUGAGCAAUCCUUGGCCACACUACGCGAUGAACAGCAGAGGCAGCAACAGCAACUGGCAAAAAUUAGUGCAACGUCCAUUGGAAACAGGCGCAAUCGAUCACUUCUUGGAGCAUUGCCCGCCUGGUGGCCCUUCCCUGAAAUAACACCGGCGACGCUGGCAUUUAUUAUUCUUUGGCCACUGGUCAUCAAUCGAGUUACCAGUUGGGCGCAGAGAAAGAAACUUUAAGCGAAUCGUAGAACCGUAAGGGAUAACGAGCGGGUUGUGACACGUUAACAUUUUGAGGCGCGGUUUGCCUUCUGCAAGGGAAGGGUUUCUGUUCUGUUGGCUCUGUUUAUUUUGUUUGAGGUUCCGGGGGGGUUGAGGUCCUUAUUGCAGCUUUUAUAUUACUCACAUGGUUUACGAAUCACAAAAAAAAAAGGUUUAUUGUAUAUUUAUAGCUUCAACUCUUCCACACAUUUCCGGAUGUUGUACUUGUAGAAGAGAGAUAUCGUAUAAGCCAUCCACGAAUACCUUACUUGGUGCUCCAGAGCAAUGCAUUCCUUUUUCAAAUACCUAGACGCGACGCAGCUUGCGAUAUUUUGUUAUUGACGAACUAUAAUGGACCACUAUCAGUUUCAACCAUCGUAAAAGUGCAAUUUUCUGUUAUCCUAUUGCUAUAACUUAUUUAUAAUGUAUUGAAACGGCAACCUGAUAUGAACCAUUGGAACAUAUUUUCGUACUAAGUAUGUGAACAAAGCAUAUGUUUUAAUAGUUUAAAUAUAUGUUGGACCACAACAAUGUA